CUUUCCAAUUUAAAGUAAGACUUCAUGGGGGCUCUUGUUUGUGGUAUUUCACAUGUAUAUACGUGUUGUCACAAUCUCUAUUCAUUUUUAAUAAAGCCUCAGAAGAAAGAUGAUCAGCAACUUGAGCUUAAAACAAGUCCCAAGAAAGUACCAGAAUCAACUGUUGAUCUCCUGGGGCUUGAUGGUCCUGCUGACGCCUCUGUUACAAAUGGAAGCACCAUCACUCCUGCCCCAGUUCUGAAUGACGAUGAUCUGGAUAUAUUUGGCCCAAUGAUCUCUAAUCCUUUGCCAGCCGCAUCUGUACCAUCGGCCCAGAAUGCUUCCACCAACCCAGCGGCUGCCACGUUAUCUGCUGCAUCUGGAGAUCUUGAUCUGUUUACUGAACAAACAAAAUCGGAAGAGUCAGCAAAGAAACUGUUGUCCAAGGAUUCCAUCUUGUCCCUGUAUGGCGCGGGCACUCUUCCCCAGCAGAAUGUCCCAGGAGUCUUCAUGGGGGCCCAGCCGCUGCCCUUUGCCGCCCAGCCCCCGGCUCAUUUUCCAGCGUUUCCAGCCAUGGGAGGCCCUGUGCCCGUGCCUGUACCGGUGCCAACGGCCCCCGCAAUGAUGGGAAACCUGAUGGCGCCCCCAGUGCCUGUAAUUGGACAGAAUGUAGGCAUGAUGGUGGGCAUAGGAAUGCCGAACGGCUUUUCGGUCACUACACAAACUGCUGGUUUGGGACUCCCUCAAAGCAUUGGCGGGUCCCAAGGAACAGUAUUGGGACAGAUACCCCAGCCCCAGAAAUACGGCAUGCAGCCCCAAGCGCAGCAAACUCAGUGGAACGUUUCACAGAUGAAUCAGCAAAUGGCUGGAAUGACUCUGAAUAGUUCCAAUAAUAUGAUGGGCUUUGGUCAACCACCCAACACAGUGGCAGGAUGGACUGGAACUUCCUCGGGCCAAACCCUCAGUACGCAACUCUGGAAGUGAAAAGGCAAUAGAAGUUUAAAUCAAAAACCUGACAUUCCAUGCCCAAAUACAUCUAGUCUCCCUGUUCCAUCUAUGUACACUACCCCCUCCCUUCCUCCAAUUUCAAACCAUUCAUUUUAAAAGUAAUCUUAACUUGACCGUAUUGUGGUCUGUACUGACUUCAAUUCUGAUGUAGUAAAAAAAAGCAAGUUGAAUACAUUGGCAGCUUUUUUCAUUCCACGAUAUGUUUUGAUUUUGCAAAUCUUACACUCUCAGAAGAGCUACGUGACCAACCGCAUACUCAAAAUUAUUUUAUCUUGUAGAGCAAAUGUUUCCAUAUAAGGGAAAAUAGGUAUCAUGUUAGUGCUAUCUCUAAAAUGUAAACUCCACCUUUGCAAAUUUACCCAGUAAUCCUGUAGAAGGUACUGUAUGAACCAAAUGUUUUAAUUAUAUAAAUAAGAAUGUACCUUGUAUCAUUGAAAUAUGCAUUUCCUUGUGUGAUAAUGAUUUUGUUUCAUCAUACAUUUCACUGUGAUGUUAUAAUGAUGUGAUGAACAGGGAAAAUGGCUCGCAAGAGAGAGAUAAACCUGGGUGGUUCUAGGGCCCUAUCAAUUUUCUUUCCACUGUUUGAGUUACCUGGGUAAAAAUAAGCUGAUCUGACCGACAAGAGAUCUGUACAGGAUUAAUCAGCAGUGUAACUGCAUAGCAACUCUACAGGGUAACUCAAAUUGUAUAUUUAAUUUUGUCCUUCAAGUUGUAUCCAGGUUUCUGCCAGUAAAUUGUGUUUACAUUUUAUGGUGCCUCAUAUUGAUAAACGGUUGCUUCCCUAUAUUAAAGAAAUCCAUAAA